CAUAAUUAUGUCACAUGCCACACCACCGAACCGACUCCACUCCUAGUCCUACUCUCUAAACUGAACGAUCCUUGAAUCGGGAGAUCAUUAAUGUACUAGUUUGUUCGGUAAGGUGUCCGCCUGGUGUUGGUCUCGUAUAUCGUAGCAGGAACUGGAGUCUUAGUGAAGAAGAAAGUAUUUACAUAAUAGUUGAUUUAAUGCAGCGACUAGUUAUUCGAAAAAAUAUUGUCGAAUCACGUUGUUGGUUGCACAUACAGAGAGAGCUUCCCGCUACGAAUCAUCUUGAUUGAGAUAUCAUGUCCUCAAGUCGACGUAGCAUGUACAGUAUUUCGGUUUUGGCGUUGGUCUUUGUCGUCGGUCCAGGCGUCAUCAAGUUACCAGGAGCUGGUGCGGGGAUGUGCGGAUGCCCACCGCUAUGGACGGGCUUUAAUGAUAAUUGCUACCGAUUCUUCGUCUCGGGAAACCUCUCCUGGUUUGAUGCCGAACUAGCCUGCCGAACCUUUAGUACACCCUGCGGUGAGGAGAGCUCCUCAAGUAGCAUGGGUCAUCUUGUCUCCAUCCAUUCUCAAGAGGAAAUGGACUUCAUUGUAGCGAUGUACGAUUCGCUCCGAUCCAAAAGGCCGACGAUAGACACACGGACCUGGAUAGGUCUGCAUGACCGAACGGCCGAGCAAUCUGCAGAGUGGACCGACAGCUCCGACUUCGAUUACGCAUCCUGGGCACCUAGUCAGCCUAACGACCAAAACGGCGCAAGUGACUGUGUGUUCUUUUCCAGAAAUACCUUGUACAAGUGGAAUGACAUCCCAUGCACUCCCGGUAGCCGUGUCGAGUCGUUUGUCUGUAAGAUUCGGCAGUGGUAAACUUCGGCACAAGUUCGGCGUCGCGGAGGAGAACUCGUAUUUCCGAAGGUUUGUAGUUGCGAAAAUGAAACAGGGUUCUAUUCAAUUCUCUGAAUUAUCAGUGUUCGAUAUUAUGAAUCCCUUUUCAUGUCCGCGGCAUUACGAAUCUUCGGAAUAACGAGCCGUCGAAAAAACGAGCCUUAAUUCGUAAAGGAGCGAACUUUCGGAAUGACUAACUUUCGGCAUAACAAUGACGAACCUAUGGAAUGACGAAUUUUCGGAAAGAUGAAGCUUUAGAAUGACA